UCCACCAGAUCACGCCCCUUCCCAUCCUCGGCACCACCGAUCCCCCUUCCUCUCCACCGCCGCCGCAGCCUCUCCUCGUCGUCGCCGGUGACGAUGAUUCCGCAGAGCCAGAGCAGCUCCCUGCAGCGCCUUCACCACGUCGAGAAGCGGAUAGUGCGGGUGCUGGAGCUUGCGGGUGCGGUGAUGGAGGAGCUCGGAAACUCUCAGGGCCCCCGCACCGAUGCAGUCGGCGCGCACUGCCGCGAGUUCAUGCUCGCUAUGAAGGAUAUUCAAACGACUUUGCGUGAGGAAAUCAAAAGUGCUUGUGAAUAUCGCCCAUUUGAAAAGUGUGAUUACAGCGCAAGGAUUGCUAACGAGAUAUGCUGUAAGAAGCUGGAGUAUGUAAUUGAGAAGUUGGAUACCAUGCAACAGAACCUUGGACAGAGCCCUGAUGAUAUUUAGCCUGCUGGCUGCAUAUUGGUCUGGGAGCAACAUAUAUCUGAUCGAGCAGUAUACAGAAGGAUCAUAGAAGCUUUCUAUCAACUUAUAAUAGCAGGAAGCUUUGCUCAACUCUGGGAUCGUAACUUGUGUUUUGUUUGUAGUGCAUUCUGCGGGGACAGUGUUCUUAGUUUCAGCCGCAGCAGUGCAGAACAGCUGCCUGCUGAUGCCCAGUAGCACAGAUCUUGGCUCGAGUAGCAUUCUUGGGCUUAAAAUGGAGGAAGUUUAAGGCACUAUAUUUUACUGAUGAGAGUUUGCACUUCUGUAUGCAUACAAUUGUUUCAUCCUUAACAUGUCUUUUGCUAUAUCGUUAACUCAUUCUUGUGUUUUGCUGAUAUGGUUCAACAUCCAUAGCAUUCGAGGUUCAGGUUUUAACUGCUGUAAAUAAUGUAUGGUUGUUUAAUCUAUUUUAGGGCAGGUAAAACAUUAGCCAUUUGUCUGCCAAUAAACUUGAAGUCUAUGGCUUGUAGACACAUCAACCUAUUGAAGUAUUCUGUUCUAUGAUUUUCAGUGUCUUCAGAGUGAUUUUUUUAUUUGCAAGCUUGUUCUUUGAUGAAGCCACCAAUCUGGUUAACUACAUGCUUGAUUUGAGGGUGGAGAGAAGGCAUCCAUCGAGUCCUGUAGCAUGUGAGUUCGAGGAGUGUGGUGGACACAUGAAGUUAGCUGACACUCUUUAAGGUUUUAUGUGACAUUUACGACAAGUGUCCUGGGGAACAUACCUCUGCUGAACAGAGGAGAAUGGUUAGGGAAAGCAGUGGAGGACACUGCUGCUCUUAAGAGAAAGGCAUUGCUUGGUCAAGGCUCCUGGGACCUCAGGGCUGUGGCUGUUCACUCUGAGAGUUCUGCAACAGCAGUUACAGAGGAAGUCCAAGAAGCAUCGGAGCUAACAACCAACCGCCAUACAUGUGCCCAAGUAGCGCAACACGCUACUGAGGCUCAGAGAAUGGAGAAUAGGACUUGACCUGAGUCCUUAAUUUUCUGAUCUAAAUUCAGUCAUUGAUGUAGGUGGACAAGGAUGUGACAACAUUCCUCGUGCAGAGGCGGGGUAUAGACAAUUGACCAUGACUCUGCUGCCUAUAUAGCCUCGGCUUUGUGCAGUUGAUGCCCCUGAACCAUCUCCCAACUGGUACUGAAGAUGAAGCGGACUGCAUGCUCCUACUGUCUAGCUUGGUCCCAGUCUAUCUAUUCUUCCGCAAUCUAUGAUCCAUUGGACUAAUCUGAGUGUAGAGAUAAGUAUAACUGCAUGACUUUCAGCUUUAACUUCUGAUGUGCUGUUCCUUAUGACUAUGCAUACCUUUGCAGUGGAGAAUAUGGAAAAUUAUCCUGCUGAAUUAUAUGGAGAGCCAAAUAACUGCACUUGACAAUAGCAUGAUGAUGAUGGUGAACUCCUGGAUGAGUUAGGGAACUGGUAACUAUCUCUUCUUUGUUCAUGCGGUUUUCUUUAUUAGACAACUAGCUGGUAUAACCGCAAGGUAGCAUGGCUAAAUUGUUAAUUAAGAGUGUAUUGUUGUAGUUGUAGGACAUGAUAUGUAGAAGAGCAUCGUUGAUUGUAACAAUUGGUGUACAUUGUCGACAAUGGAUACAUUAUCUAUGUUGCAAUUGCUCACUGUAAAAAGUCUAUCCUUCCAUGGGCAUUGGGCAGGGUCCUGUCGUUUUAUCACUACAGAAAACAUGAUCCACUAUAGUUUAGAGACAAAGGAGAACUGAGGGCCUGCUGACCACCUUUUUUUUCUUCUAAAAAACAUUCAUCUAUGACCUAAGCAAUAAAAAAACAGAUUAUGCUCCUUAUUUGAGCAAAGAGCAUGCAUAUUUAAGGGGGGCGGAGGAACAUAAGUUUUUUUUUACUUUGUUUCUCCAGCCUUUGACAUUUCCAGUGUGCAACCCUGUUAAUAGGACAGCCAUAGGGUAACCUGAUUCAGAGGCCUGAUGGUGUCACAAAUUGUUUGGGCUCUUUUUCUUGUGCUUAUUUGGAUGGUAGGCUGGUAGCUAUGCGAAGAAGAGCAUGAUUGCUAGCUUCAUGUUUGAUGUGGAUCCACAGAGCCACAGAGGGUGCGCCUGUUGCCACAUACACGACAACGUUUGAUUUAGUGGAUCCAAUAUUUAUGAUCUAAAGAAGCCUAUUUCAACUCUGCCUUAUCUUCUAGCUAUGAUGUCAUGUUUUUUUUUCAGAACCAGUGUUUUUUUUUAUGAAAUCAGAACGAGUGUUUACGAUCUGUUAUCAUAAUUAAGGACCACCAUAUUUCUCAUUUAUGAGAAUUUCUAGACUUUCACUAUCUCCUAGCAGCUGACACACUUCAUCUCAUUUUAAUAUGUAUAGGUUUAUUACCAAACAUCAAAGGUAAUGAGAUUGGCAUAAUAUCUUAUUGACAUGAGUUUGAAUUAUAAAUUUAUCAUAAUAUAGCCUGAACUAUAAAUAAAAUGCUUUGGGAGAUAUGAUCAUUAAACGCAAUCAACCUUCAGGCAUGACGGAUAAUUAUGGUUUGCAAGUUUGCAACAUUACUGUGUAAGCUCUCAAACUCACCGGACUCAAGAACACACACGAGUAUUUGUGCUGCAAAGACAGCUUUUCUGAUUGUAUUGCUCUCUUAUUUAUAACAAAGGAGUACACGGCUUAACAGCAUAUCACUACUGGCCUUAGUGGCCCUAACAACCUGGAGCACGUCCAGUGGAUGAGAGCCUCCUGACCCAGCUAAACCUCCCCUGAAGACUAGGACUUCUAACUGACUCUAACAGACUCUGACCGACUCAAAGCAACAGAUAACUCUAACUGAAAGACUCUGAAAGCAAAUGACUCUGACUAACUGAAUAACAAACACAGGGACAGGGAUUACUUCCAUCAUACUGGAACAGACAGACUCAGAUCACUUCCAGAGCCUGCAACUCUGCUGGCACCACUAGGAGCAGGUUUAGCUCUAAGCAAGACAUUUAGUUGACAUGGCCAUCAAUCUCAUGCUGUAUCUCAACUAAAUUGUCAUCGUAAACUUUCAGCUCCUCAUAUCCUAUUCCUUCAAAGUCACCAUUCAGCAUGCGAGCCAGUUUUGGAUCAAAAUUCUUGAUCCUGGUCUUUUGCUCCUCGCCUUGGUGUUUUGCAGCCUCUAGCUGUUUCUUCAGCUCUGCUUCCUCUUUCAUGAGCCUUUGCAGUGCAGUCAUCGUAGUAGUGCCUUUGCUAUUGCUAGCAUGACCUACAAAGAAGCAGUUACUGUCAGAGUUGAUAGAAUAGUGGUUAAAGUAGUAAUGCUUACUGGUGGGUGAUAAGAUGAUACCAGUGUUUUGCUUAUCCAUUCUUGACGAACCCUUCACCUUUGCCUACGCAAUGAAUUCUAGCGUCUUGCCGUCUUCUGUGUAUGUGUGAAAGCAAUGUGCAAACUAUGGUGUAGCUUGACGACGCGCAUGUCUUUAUAUAGAGAUUUGUAUGUUUAGGUACUAUUAAAUUUUGUGGGAGUACAUAAAUGCAUGCCAAAUCACCUGUAUCAAGAUUGGAUUCGUCCAGCUUGUAUGGACGGAUAGGCAUGAUAUAUAACAUCGGCAUAAAAAUCAAGGCGCUUUUUAGCAGGUAGUAAUUAUGCAAAUACGUAUAUUUAGUAGGAUUAGAUGUGUGCACAAUUGUACCUCAGAAAGUUUGGAUAUGUCCAAUCUGGAAGAACAGAUGGGAAUGAAAGAUAAUACCAGCUUGGAAACAAUAGCGCAUUUUUAGCAGGUAGGAAAUGUGCAUAUUUGGUGUAUCAUCUCCAUAUAGCUAAUAAAUGCGGUUACGCAAGUUAAUUAGGAACUUUUUGAUGAGUAUUUUGUCACUUGUCCGGUGAGUGAUCCUUGUAGGUUGUAUGAGUAUAUGUUGCAGAAAUAUGUCCAGUGUGAGAAAUAGGUGGCCUUAACAAAUCCUACUCGUCUUGGCUACCUUUACCCUUGCACCCGUCGAGUGAAACACGAAGUCUUUUUUCAUUCAGCACAAAGGGAGUGACAACCGAAUCUUUGAUCGUUUAUCACCGUAGCUUGAUCGAGAUAUGGCGUGGCACCAGGAGCCAGGAGGGUGGCAGCUUAGCCCUUGCAUAAUGUCAAAUCUGUAUUCAGAUAUGGCGCGUCGCUAAAGGGGUCAGGACCUAAACAACAUUCUAAAAUUGGGUUUCAUCUGCAUAAGAGUAGCAAAGUUUUCAAGUUCACUUGCAUCUCAGUUUUCAGUGCUUUGGGCCAUCUAUAUUGAAACCACAUGUUCUUAGGACUUACAAGUGCUAUAUGCAGGCUUGCAAAUUACUUGUAAGCAGUAUAUCAUUGCCUUUUCUGUUCAUUGCGUUUGUGGCAUCUAAACUACACUGGAAUACACCUUUUCAGCUAUUGCAGGCUGUGUAUGAGCAGAGAAUGCACGAUUUGGAAGUUAGGACAAGUAAAAUAAUCGUGUUUGCCAUUGCAGGUAAAUGUUUCUUUUGACUCUGCAUGUUGUUAGCACUUUUGCAGCCUAGGAAUUUCACUCUUAGGCAACACAUGUUGCCAUGAGCCAAGAUAAUUCCUUUGGGUUGUAGAGAUGGCACCAAUGGAGCAAGAAGGUGACAUCUGCCAUGUCUUCGCUAUCAUUUUAUUUCAGUAGUUGCAUAUGGGCACUAUAUUGCUGCUCCCAUUUAUAAACCAAGGAAUCAAUAAUUGAUCCUAAAUUUUACUAACCUGUCCAUGUUUUGCAGUUGCCUGUGCGAAUAGGCGUGGUCGACUUUUCUGAUUGACAGGCGGUCCCAUGCUUGUUUGUUGCUUAAUUCAUGUAAUGAGUUGUGCACGAUUUGAGCACUCGUGUGUGCAUGUUACAGAACGUUCCAACAUCAUGAAUUUCGACUGCUUGAUUCUUGGCUGCAGUUUUUAACUUUUUA